AUGAAUGCAACGAUACAACAAAAAUUGGAAAUCGCGUUGAAGCCAUCUCAUUUGGAUAUCGAAGAUUUCAGCGAUGGAUGUGGAUUGAAAUUUCGUUUGAUUAUUGUUUCCGAUAGUUUUGACAACAAAACAACUCUGGCAUCUCAUCGAUUGGUUUAUGAAGUUUUGAAGGAAGAAAUGCAACUAAUACAUGCACUAGAAAUCAAAACUUAUACACCUGAGAAGUGGAAUGCAAUAGAAGAAAGUAAAGAAAAAGACGAUAUGUUGAGAACUGAGAAUGAUAAUUGA